GUGUGGCUGGGUGUGGAAAGCAGGAAAGGGGGGGUUUCCAAGUCGAGUGAAAUUCCCAUUCCAUGGCUAUUACCAUGCCUGUAGGGUUGGCAGGUCUUAGAGGUUAGCUAGUUGGCAAAUAGCUCCAACACACAAUAGAGGCUCUCCCCUCCCUUCUUCCCUCCCUUCCACUCUCCUUCCCUUCCUCCCUCCUCUCCUCCCUUCCUCCCUCUCUGACUCUCCUUCUUCCUCUCCCCCUUCUCUUUCCUCUCUCUCCUCUAACUUUUGAGCUUUCAAACAAACACCUUCUUCCAGGCUAAAGCUGGGCUGGUCUCCUUAGAAGCAGCAGCCACAACAAUCCCGCAGUUCAAAGUUAGGCAGCAAUUGCACAACUUCCAGCAACUCUCCGCCAGCCGGCUGCUAAUGAGCUUGAAAGCAAGGAACAUUUGAGAAGUUGAACAGGAAGCCUCCUGCCUUCCUCCUUUCACCAGAGAGACCCAGACACCCCACCCAGGGUCCAGAUUACUUUGAGAUAAGGACUGUGUUAUUUGCUUGCCUUGCCGGACAGACCAUGGCUCCCUUUGGAAGAAACUUGCUGAAGACUCGACAUAAGAACAGGAAGACCAUCAUUACUUUAUUCCUUAUUUGGCAUAUGAUGCAAGCUAGUGUUGCAUAAAACUCAAUACUCAAGACAGAUCAAUUGACACUGGAGUCUCAUUAAAACAUUUGAUCCCCAACAAAGGACAUGGAUCCUGAAGAGAAGGAAAUUGUGGUUUGGGUUUGCCAGGAUGAGAAGAUUGUCUGCGGAUUAACUAAACGCACCACCUCCAUCGAUGUUAUCCAGGCUCUGCUUGAGGAACAUGAAGCUACGUUUGGAGAAAAGCGAUUUCUGUUGGGCAAGGCCAGUGACUACUGCAUUGUAGAAAAGUGGAGGGGCUCAGAGAGAGCCCUUCCUCCCCUGACUAGGAUCCUGAAGUUGUGGAAGGCUUGGGGAGAUGAACAACCCAACAUGCAGUUUGUUUUGGUUAAAACAGACGCCUUUCUCCCAGUGCCACUGUGGCGGACUGCUGAAACCAAACUACUGCAAAAUAAUGAAAAGCCUUGGGAGCUCAGCCCAGCGAAUUACAUGAAAACUUUACCACCAGAUAAACAAAAACGAAUCGUCAGGAAAACCUUUCGGAAACUGGCUAAAAUUAGGCAGGACACAGGUUCUCAUGAUCGAGACAAUAUGGAGUGUUUAGUUCAUCUGAUUAUUUCUCAGGACCACACGAUUCACCAGCAAGUGCAAAGAAUGAAAGAGUUAGAUAUGGAAAUUGAAAGAUGUGAAGCUAAGAUCCACGUGGACAGGGUAGGGAAUGAUGGGGCCAAUUACGUCCAGGAGGCUUAUUUAAUGCCCAGGUUCAGUGAUGAAGAGCAGAAGCUAGACAUUCAAUCUGAGGACAACCAGACUCUAGAGAACCUGAACGACAGUGAGGGGGUGGCACAGCUGGAGGAACAGCUGCAAUACUACAGAGCGCUCAUUGAUAAACUUUCUGCUGAGAUUGAGAGAGAGGUGAUAGGCGCAGGCAUUGACGGGAGCGAAGACACGGAGGGGGCAGCUGUCUGUGAGCUGGAAAACUCCGAUUUGGAGAGCAUUAAGUCUGAUUUGGAGAAAAGUAUGAAAGCUGGUUUGAAAAUCCACUCUCACUUGAGUGGCAUCCAGAGAGAGAUUAAAUACAGUGACUCACUGCUUCAGAUGAAAGCCAGGGAGUACGAACUCCUGGCCAAGGAGUUCAGUUCACUUCACAUUAGCAACAAAGAUGGAUGUCAGGGAAAAGAAAACAGAGGAAAGGAAGCUGAGGCUUCCAGCAGCAAUGGGGAGAUCCCUCCAUUAACUCAAAGGGUGUUUAACACAUAUACAAAUGAUACCGAUUCAGACACUGGCAUCAGUUCGAACCACAGUCAGGACUCUGAAACGACUCUGGGAGAUGUGCUACUGCUAGCAACUUAACUCGGAUGGCUUCUUUCUGACAUUUAAUGAUGUUUUGUGUGGUUUAACAACGAAUCUACUCUGUAUAUAACUUUGUCAAAGUGUAAACCAUGCUAAAGUAUUCAGUAGUUAAUAAAAACUAGUGGCCACCACUGCUUGUUUUCAA